GGCCGCCCGUUUCGAAGUGUUCGUGUCCGCUGUCAUCGGUAGGAGCGCAACGUCACGUGGAAAAAAUCAGAAGAGCGAGAAGGAGAGAAGACUUUGAAGGAGCUAAGAGUGAAGUUUUGCUACAUUGAACAAAGAAGCAGCUUUAGUCACUUGAAGAUAUUAUGAAGCAAGGUGUGAACAUGAAAAAAAUGAAAGGAGGUAUUCCGUCGACAUGAAAAAUGCCAGUUUGGGACACCUGGAGUACAUUCUUCAGAGUGUUAGUGUUUCUAUGGGUCUCCACCAGUGUCACUCUCUCUUUGCAAUCUGUGGUUAGAAUAGGUGCAAUCUUCACUGAAAACCAGAAAGGUAGUGCAGCUGAGGUAGCUUUUAGAUACGCAGUGUACAAAAUAAACAGAGACAAGACUCUAUUACCACGCACUUCGUUAGUGUACGACAUCCAAUAUGUGCCAGCAGAUGACAGUUUUCACGCAAGCAAAAAAGCUUGUCGACAAGUCCAAAACGGAGUCUACGCAGUUUUCGGCCCCUCAGACCCCCUGCUGGGCUCACACAUCCACUCGAUCUGCGAUGCCCUGGACAUCCCUCAUCUUGAAACCAGAAUCGACCUUGAAACAGACGUCAAAGAGUUCUCUAUCAACUUGUAUCCUGCUCAAAACCUACUCAAUUCCGCCUUUGAAGACGUUAUGAGCUUCUUGAAUUGGACUAAAGUGGCCAUUAUAUACGAGGAAGACUACGGACUGAUCAAGCUGAGAGAACUGGUAAGGUCGCCACACAACAAAGAUCUGGAAAUUCAUCUGCGACAGGCGGACCCGGAUACGUACAGGGUGGUCUUGAAAGAAAUCAAGAGCAAGGAGAUUCACAACAUUGUUAUAGACACCAGACCGUCUAAUAUGCAGUUGUUUCUUAAAGGGAUAUUGCAAUUGCAAAUGAACGAUUACAAAUACCACUACGUAUUCACUUCCUUCGAUAUAGAAACUUUCGACUUGGAGGACUUCAAGUACAAUUUCGUCAACAUGACAGCGUUUAGAAUAGUUGACAUCGAUCAGAUGGCUGUCAGGGAGGUUCUGAGGGACAUGGGAAAGUUCCAGGCCAAUCAGGAGAUCAGUAUGAUCAAUACCAGUUUCAUUAAAGCAGAUGCAGCACUAAUGUACGAUUCAGUGUACGUGUUUGCUAUAGGUCUACAAACACUAGAACAAUCACAUUCUUUAAAACUAUCCAACGUGUCCUGCGACAAAGAACAACCAUGGGAUGGUGGUCUUAGCCUCAUCAACUACAUAAAUACUGUUGAAUUCAAGGGCCUAACAGGCCCUAUAGAAUUCAAGGAGGGAAAACGUAUAAGGUUCAAGCUGGACCUACUGAAAUUAAAGCAGCACGCUUUGGUGAAAGUUGGUGAAUGGCAUCCAGGUACUGGAGUGAAUAUCACCGACAGGAAUGCCUUCUUCGAUCACGGUAACAUGAACGUCACACUUGUGGUCACCACAAUCUUGGAAACGCCAUACGUCAUGAUGCAUGCUUGGAAAAACUAUACGGGAAACGGUAGAUUUUACGGCUUCUGCGUAGACAUCCUGGAAAAAAUCGGAGAAAAAGUCGGAUUUGACUAUCUUCUGGAUCUGGUUCCUGACGGAAAAUACGGAGCCUUUGAUCCAGAGACUGGCUUGUGGAAUGGCAUGGUUAGGGAGCUUAUGAUGCAUGAACAACCCUAUGUAAUGCUAAAAUCUGGCUCGAACUUGUCCGGUAACAAUCGCUACGAAGGCUUCUGCAUAGACUUGCUCAAAGAACUGGCCAAAAUGAUCGGUUUUGAGUACCGAAUUGAGUUGGUACCUGACGGAAAGUACGGUGCCAUAGAUCUGGAUACUGGCGAGUGGAACGGCAUAGUAAGACAACUUAUGGAUAAGAAGGCAGAUUUGGCUGUCGGAUCAAUGACCAUCAACUAUGCAAGAGAGAGUGUUAUUGAUUUUACCAAACCCUUUAUGAAUCUAGGAAUAAGUAUACUUUUUAAGGUGCCGACAGAUAAAGAAUCCGCCUUUUUCACCUUCCUGAACCCGCUGGGCUUUAAAAUUUGGCUGUCCACUUUGGGAGCUUCGUUUAUGGCCGGGUUCACCAUAUACGCCCUGGCCAGGUUCACGCCGUACGAGUGGGUGAACCCCCGACCAUGGAAGAGGGAUGCAGAGGUGAAGCUGGUGAACCACAUGAACAUGUCGAACAGUUUCUGGUUUGUUGCGGGUACAUUUCUGAGACAGGGUACAGGCGUAUCUCCUCAGGCUACAUCUACAAGAAUUGUGGGUGGAAUAUGGUGGUUCUUCACUCUGAUCAUCAUUUCUUCGUACACAGCCAACUUGGCUGCAUUUCUGACAGUGGAACGAAUGAUAACUCCUAUAGAGAAUGCAGAAGAUUUAGCCAGCCAAACCGAAAUACCAUAUGGAACACUGGAAAGUGGAUCUACCAUGACAUUUUUUAGGGAUUCAAUGAUAGAGACGUAUAAGAAAAUGUGGAGGUUCAUGGAAAACAGAAAACCCUCGGUUUUUGUGCCUACUUACGAAGAAGGAAUUAAGAAAGUUCUAGAAGGAAACUACGCCUUUCUUAUGGAAUCAACCAUGUUGGAUUAUAUUGUUCAAAGGGAUUGUAAUUUAACUCAAAUAGGAGGAUUAUUGGAUUCUAAAGGUUAUGGCAUUGCCACACCCAUGGGUAGUCCAUGGAGGGACAAAAUAUCCCUGGCAAUUCUGGAAUUACAGGAAAAAGGGGAAAUCCAGAUGCUCUACGACAAGUGGUGGAAAAACACAGGAGAAACGUGCACCAGGAAUGACAAAGGGAAAGAAUCCAAAGCUAACAGUUUGGGCGUUGACAAUAUAGGUGGCGUUUUUGUUGUUUUGCUGUGCGGUCUGGCGUUUGCAGUUAUCAUAGCCAUCGUGGAGUUUUGUUAUAACUCCAAGAAAACUGCUAUAGCUGAGAAGAGAUCUCCAACGGCACCGCAUCAAUCCAUAUGUUCUGAAAUGGGAGGUGAAUUGUGUUUUGCAUUGAAAUGUAGGGGUUCACGUCAAAGGCCUGCAUUGAAAAGACAGUGUUCUAAGUGUCUUUCAGGUGUAACUUACGUACCUUCACCCCUUGAUAUACCACCACAUCCCCCUCAGCCACCAGCAAGGGCACCCCCAACCAAUGGGCUAAGUCCUAGACUGUGUUCUGCUCAUAUACAAUUUAAAAACGAUUGCCAACCUUUUCAAAUCGAAAAACAAGCUGCAAUACAAAGACAACAGCAUCAAGGAGGCGAGAAAGUAAACUAGGCAUAAACUUAUUAUUUUUUUAUAUUUUUAGAUUGUUUUACUUUGAUUAAAAUUAUUAUAAAUAUUCUAAUCAUGUAUAAAAUUAUUGAACAAGCUCAAUUUAGUAUACUACACCUUUUUUUACUAAUAUUCUACUUAUUUUUUUGUUAGGUAUAUAAUUUUCUGGAUACUUUAAAUU